AUGUCACGACUCCCACGCGCUCCAGCUCAGACUUCGAUCCCAGCCGAUCUUCCCAGAUAUAACGUAUCGCAUUAUGGUACUAGCGAUUGGGGAUAUCGACAUUUGGUCGCGCAUCUGCAAUGGCAAGUGAAUGAACUUCAGCAGCAUUCUUCCUUUUUGGAACAACAACUACAAGUUGCAUAUAAUGCCAAUGCCUGUCUGCAAAAGCAGUUAUAUGUUCAGGAACAAUCAAGAGAGCAUUGUGUAGAAGUGCUUAAAAACCUAGCACGAACGGUUGAUAAAAUUAUGGCCACUGCAUCCUUGGAACUACCACCAGAAUUUCGUCUCGAAGACCUUGUUCCUGAGUUUAUAGCAAGACAAGCCAACGUCAACGACUUUGAGGCACCAAUCGGUGCGCAGAGAAAUGGAGACAGCCAGUGGAAUUAUAUCGAAACCCCAGAGCAAGCAGGAAAGCCCUCGGGUCGGUUUAUGAAUGCAGAAAGUGUAAAGCUUCCUCCGAUUGGGUCGGUGGGCCGAUAG